AUGUUCCUCAUCUGGCAACUCCUCGCAGCAGCCCUCAUAACCCUCACCCUGUCCUCCCCUCUCUCCAAACAAUCUUAUCCCCCACCAGGAAUCUGCACCGGGCUAUGCAAAGGUAGACUCCACGACCCCUCAAUAAUCUACCGCGAACAAACAUCAACCUUCUACCGCUUCACCACAAACGACAAAAUCCACAUCGCCACAGCCCCUCACAUCAGCGGUCCCUGGUCAAACCAAGGGGUCGUAUUCCCCUCCGGCUCCACAAUCGACAACCUUCCGGGGAAAAUGGACUUAUGGGCUCCAGACGUCUUUCAUAUCAACGGGACUUAUCACCUCUACUACAGCGUCUCCUCGCUAGGUUCGCAAGAAGGCGAUAUUGGAGUUGCGACAUCCACAACUCUCGAACCCGAUUCUUGGCUUGAUCACGGUUCGGUUGGGAUUCCUCGAAAUACUUCCUACAAUCGCAUCGAUGGGAAUCUUUUCCAGCACUCUGCUGAAAGCACCUAUUUAUUGAAUUUUGGAUCUUUCUGGGGUCAGAUUUUUCAGGUCCCGUUAACGAAUCCCCCGGUUAAAGUCAACGGCGACCCCAUCAUCCAGUUGGCGAAGAAUGAUAGUGUGCGGCCUGCGGGUCUUGUACCUGGCUCAACGGAGGGGAGUUAUAUGUUUCAAUGGAGGGGGUUUUAUUAUCUCUUCUUCUCCUCGGGAAAUUGCUGCAAUUCUUUCGAAGAGGGAUUGGCUCCUCCGGGGGAAGAGUACAAGGUUAUGGUCUGUAGAUCAUUGCAGGSUAGUGGGGAAUUCUUCGAUCAGCAAGGGAGGAAUUGUUUGACUGAGAAUGGAGGGACCGUUGUUCUGGGAAGUCAUGAUGAUGUUUAUGCGCCUGGUGGACAAGGGGUUAUGUGGGAUGCUCAACAGGAGAGUGUGGUGAUGUACUAUCAUUACGUUCGCCCGAGCGUUGGCUUUGAUUAUGACAACUUCUUCUUCGGGUGGAAUAAGCUGGAUUUGUCGAGUGGCUGGCCUGUUGUGGUUGGAUAG